AUGACCGAGCAGCGAUCGAUAAACUCGAAUCGCUUUAGCUCUAGCCGAAUGAAGGACCGACGUGUCUUCGCUCUCGCCCGACUUGAUCUGAUCUUCAUUUUUGGGGUUACAAAACGCAUUCGAAGAAAGACGCCGGCCUCGCUUAACGGCUUCCACCUGAGUCCCACCGACCUGGAAGCGUACGAUAUGUGA